AUGAAGAAGAAGCCCCCACAUCGUCUUCGGAGCUCCAAUUCCAAGGAUGUCCCUCAUGGUUCUUUGACUAUCAAGCCUGACACGGCAAAACGCGGGAGAAGAGAUCGUUUUGAAACUCCGCACCGUAGUCAUAGUCGCAAUUCGAGAGGAUAUGGAUCUUCGCAAGCACAUGCAUCAAAUACAAAAAAAGCAGCGACUGCGAUGCGUGUUCCAAAGCCGCCUCACCUCAAGCGCGUAGAUGCAGGGUCUAAGAACCUUUCUGUGCGCACUUUGAAUACAUACACAGGUGUGCAUUCACGAAAUCCUCUUCUUGGUUCAAUCACGGGUACAGGAACAGGGUAUUCUCUGCGUAGGCACCAACAUACACCCCAGUUAAGCCCAGAGGAUGCGUCGAGGAAGCUGAAAUCUUGGAUUCGGCGUCGGCUGCUGUUGCGCACGAUCAGCCAGCCUGGGUGUUUGGCGCGGCGCGUUGAAAUAAAGAUCGAUCACGAGGCGAGACUAUCUAACAUAAGACAGCGUUUCUCAAGGCGUAUUGUUAGGCGUUUUCUGUCAGAAUAUGUCGUUCAGGGGAGAUCCCUGCGCAAAGCGUCCAGUUCUCGAGGGAAUGUCAUGGGCGACUUACCUUUGAUAAAAAAAAUGUACGAUGCGUUGCUUCAAAACGCGCUUUCAGCAAGGUGUGGCAUUGUGGAUCCGGUCCACCAGAGACCUUUGCGGUAUAAGAUGGCAGUCGUACGAAUCGAGCAAGCUUGGCUGCGAAGUAAGCCAUAUCGCACGCUGACACGACGUCUUCAGUUUCAUCAACUCCUCGAAAGAAGCGAGAAUAUUGAAAGACGUGAUCUGGUGCGACUGCGUUUCAGCUUUAUGGUGCAUGCUCAUCAACUUUUUUACAAUAGUCAGGUCAUGCUGCUCGAAGGCGCCGCGCGGCGCCCCUUCUUGUCCCACCAUACGUCGCUUUUUGAUGCGACUGAUGUAUCUAGCAUAAGAGGUGCUUCAUUCAAUCAGGAUGAGGCUUUGGUCUUGGCAAAUUCCCUCAGUAGUUCUUCUACGAAGGGCCUACUUCGGUAUUUGUGUGGGACUGAUGACGAGCCUCUGCAGGGUGAGGCGCCCUCAGAAGACGAUAUUAUACGAGAAUUUUCCCGCCGUCUUCUUUUCAGUAAAGAAGAAUGGAAGCUUCUAAAGGAAGUGGGCAGGAGAAGGCUUGAGGAAUAUCAAGACCUGCUACGCGAUACCACCGUGUUUCAAAAUGCACAGGACGAAAUGGUUAAAUGCAACUGCGGUGACAGCAGUUUAGGUUCGUGUUCAUGUGCUGCGAAUCUCAAGAAGAUCUCCCAUUCUCCGAGCAUGAAGACAAGUGCUAUCAUGUCGACGACUUGUGUGGUACCUUAUUUUCUCGCUCAGCGUCGCUUCUUCGAGUCGGGUCUCUCCUCUGACUUUUAUGGAAGUGCAUAUCGUGGGAGGGAGCCGAACAAGCCGCCAGUUGAACAUAACUGCAACCGAUGUAUUUUAAGCGAUGGGUUUAUUCUUCAUACAUCCACCGUUGAGAGGAGUCCUCUAUUUCACGAGUAUGAGGUUGCACGCAAGAUAGAUCGUGAUCAUUCUAAGACCACUCCAGCGAUUCCCCUCGAUGAUUCUCUUGUAAUAAGCGGCUACUCGAGUAGGAUGGCGGAGUUUUACUUGAGGCCUGCCACAUCGCUAUACGAGUACCAUCCGCUUCUUCGAACUCAGACCCCGUUUCCCACGAGUAGCAUCAUUUUGGGCGGCUCAUGGGCUGACUUCCUGCAAACACUACAGGAGAAACAAGGGAACUUGAUCACAUAUUAUGGAACUAGGCGCAAAACGGAGUCCGAAAAAGCUUCGCUUUGCUCUGCACCGCAUGAGGAUAAAGGGCCCUGUGAGGAAAGAGGUCGAGGAGGGGGGUGGAGUCACGAUGGGAGAGAUGAGCCUGUCCAGCGCCGCCGAUGCGGACUUCCCCACCAUCUGCUGUUUCGAACUGACGAUGCAGCUGCGACAUCGGGGGACUCGGAAUUUUUCAUCGAGGAUUGCAUUGAAAGCUUCAAAAAGAAAACGUGCGGUUAUGACAACCUCCCCCUUUCAAGUAAUAAAACACAUUCAUUCCAAAAUUCUCGAAUCGAUACAAGGAAAGAAAAUUCUUCGCUUAAAUCAUUAAACGAAACAGGUUCUUGGGACGUUGAGUCCGAAGGAAAAGAAUCCCAAAAUUGGCUGAAAUUUUUGCAUGUUGUAGAGCAACUUUUGAUUCAAGAACACAGUCAUCGUAACAGCCUAUUUCAGAAUGCCCUGGCUCAGCACUACAGCUUGGUAAGAUUACUUGCUGUGCAAGCGGGAGGAGGACGAUCCGCGAUGUUACGGGGCGAACAAAUUGUUUGA